GCAAGGCGCCAUCUACGAAAUCUGGUCGCAGUCCACUGUUGCCCGCUGGAGCAAGUCUGUUUGUGUACUGUGCCUACGUUGUUUCGUGGGCACAACGGGUUUUUCUAGCGGAAAUUUAGACAAGAAAGAGUCCUGGUGAUUGAAAGCUGCAGAACAAAACGAAGAAAAAGAAAGAAGAGUGAGGCCCGAAGGAGACGUCAUCAGAGCGCUCCGGAAGUGGUCCGAAGAUGAAGGCUGUGAUUUACCGUGCAUUUCCUCACAAAGAAGCCAGAGAGCACGAUGUGCAGGAGCUGGGAACCCAACGGGCUGAGGCCUUUGUGAGGGCCUUCCUGAAGCGGACCAUCCCGCACUUGAGCCAGCAAGACUGUGAGAGCCAUCUGCAGCGCAAGGCUGUGGUCUUGGAAUACUUCACUCGCCAGAAGCCAAAGCAGAAGAAGAAAUCCAAAGGCCUCUCUUCCAAACAGAGGAGAGACAUGAGGCUCUUUGACAUUAGCCCAGAGCAACAGAGAUACAGUCUCUUCCUCCCUCUGCAUGAACUCUGGAAGCAGUACAUCCGUGACCUGUGCAACGGGCUCAAGCCAGACACGCAGCCGCAGAUGAUUCAAGCGAAGCUCCUGAAGGCGGAUCUUCACGGUGCUAUUAUUUCAGUGAUGAAAUCCAAGUGCCCCUCCUAUGUGGGGGUCACAGGAAUCCUCCUGCAGGAGACCAAGCAUGUCUUCAAGAUAAUCACCAAAGAAGACCGACUGAAAGUUAUCCCCAAGCUAAAUUGUGUGUUCACCGUAGAAAUUGAUGGCUUCAUUUCCUACAUUUAUGGAAGCAACUUCCAGCUUCGGUCAAGUGAGAGAUCUGCCAAGAAGUUCAAAGUAAAGGGAACAAUUGACCUGUGAAUUCUUUGCCACUGGUGACAGAUGUUCCUGGCAGCUGAGAACUGGAAACACCUUAAAUACCCACUUUUCCAUGAAGCACUUUCUGGCUGUGGCCCGUCUCGACUCCAGGGAAAAAAAGAGUGACUGAAGAACAUUGAACAACACAGGAGGAAGUCGGGGGUAGAGAUUUGUCUCUCCAGGGAGGAAAGACUAGCAGAAAAUACACCAGGACUAACCUUGGGUGAUUUGAAGAAGGCGGCCAUUGGGUUCUGUCUUCAAUACAUUCCUAUGUUUCUGGAGCAUUCUGUGGUGAAUGAGUUCAGUUAAUAAUGAUAUAUUUGGAUAUCUUAGUUCUAUUUUAGCUGCUAUAUUUGUAACCUUUCUACUGUGUAAGACCAGAUGAGGUCUUUCUGCACAUGGCCAUUGGAACUACAGGUCAAGACCAGCAUUAAAAAUGGCUGGGAUCCAGCUACUCUGUGCCAGUAUUAAGAAGGCCUUGUCAUUGACACCUGGUUCAGAGGGGCCAGUUGCCCCUUGUUUGUAAGAGGUGUGUGACUGCUGGCCGGCUCAGAAACUGCCCUGGCAAUGGUAGGUGACAGCACAUCCAGCACUCACCCCAGGUCAGCAGUGGCGCUGGGGGGUCAGUGCUCGAUGCCUCCCACUCAGACUGCACUGGAUGGAAGAGGAAUGAGUGACCCUGAUGGUCUUUAUAUGACAGAAAAACAGAAAACCUACUCCCUCUCAGAAACCAAAGUGCAAGCCCAAAUCCCAGAGAUUAUCUAGACCCUGGUUCUGUCAACAUCAUCUAGACAUUCCUCAUGGCCCUGCCCCGGCCCACCUGGCCCCCGUGUUAUCACCACCCAGGUUCAGGGCACACAUGACCUCUCAGCCUGAAAAUGAUCAUUGUCCGAGGUCUUAGGGACUGGUAAAGAAAGGCUAAGAUCUGAACCAGAAGAGCUGGCUCCAGAGUCAAGUUCUUCCCAGGAGGACAGUCACAGGGGGGUGAGAGAGACUGCUAAGAGUGUGUGUAUGUUCCUUAUUUACCCAGCGCUCUACCAAGGAACUCUCCUGUGUAGAGUGACUGCUGUUCUAGCUGGCUGAAAGUGCGCAGGUGCUGCACCUUCAGAGCAGACCUGUUCAGCCCCACCCUCUGUGAUGCAAGGGGCGCACUAUGUUGCAUAAACACGGUUGCUUCCCAGAAAAGCUGCUGGUGCCACUUGCCAAGUGAAGCAUGUUACUGCUGCCCCAACUCAAGUGUCCAUUGACUAGCUAAGGACAUUCUCUCUCAAGGGAGACAAUGUAAUGCUCACCUGCCAUAGAGUCUCUGCUCUUCACCUUGUCUGGGAUGUGUUGCUGUUAUCUCCCUGACCUCCCCAGGGGACCAAGGUCCCCAGCAUCCUCCCAGAUACUGGUCCUGAGGAAAGUGCACUUGGUAUUACAUACAGCAUGACUAUCCAAGUCCCCACAACUUCAUGGAGAGGGGUAUGAUACUGGCACUUGUGACUGUCUCCAAGGAAUAGGACUGUGGUAGAAAUGAGAUUUGGGGUGUACAGAGUCACAUGACAACUCUGUUGAAUGUAAACCAUGCACUACAGAAACAUGAGCACCAUGCAGAGUGCUGAAGAAGCCAAUGGGAAGAACA